UUGUACAGUUCUCUUUCAGUUUAUAUCAGCAAGCCCAAUGGAGUCCUUUGAAGGACCUAGUCAGGUUAACAGAGCAAAGUUAUUACAAGUCCCCACUGGAAAUGAUUUCACUUCAGAGGACGAAGAUGUUAAUAUUGACAUUAAACUUCGUUUCUCCCCACGUCCCCGAAGACGGAAUUCUUCAGCUUCAGAGGAAGAGGAGGCAGAUACUCCCACCAACAUCUCAAGAAAAGUUUCAUUUGCUGAUGCAUUUGGGUUUGAUCUUGUGUCUGUUAAAGAGUUCAAUAUCUGGGAAUUUCCAAAUACAGGACAAGAAAAUGAUAUAGAAGACGAAGUUUUUCCUCAGGAUGAAUACUUUUUGUCCCAGCAGUUUACAUUGCCUGCUUCUCAAGAAGAGCUUUUACAAAAGGUGCGAGAGCAGAAAGUAAUGUUGGAGUCAGUCCUCUUCCUGCCUGGGAUUACCUGUAUGAACGGCAUUAUACGAGUCCUCAAUGUAUCCUUUGAAAAGCAGGUGUAUGUUCGAAUGACAUUGAAUAACUGGCUCAGUUAUUAUGACAUCCUCGCAGAGUUCAUGCCUAAUUCUUGUGGUGGUGAAACAGACCAGUUUUGCUUUAAGAUUUCCUUGGUGCCUCCUUUCCAGGAAGAUGGAACUAAGGUGGAAUUCUGUAUACGCUAUGAGACAUCAGUUGGUACCUUCUGGGCAAACAAUGAUGACAAAAAUUACACACUGAUUUGUCACAAGAAAGAAACUGUGCCCAAGGUGGAUAAUAAACCCCAGAAAGAGGUUACAGAUAGGUGUCUUAAAGGCUGCUUAAAGACAACACAAAGCAGAAAAGAAGAAAUAUUGGCAACGUCUGAUGAUGGCACAUGGAAUAACUCAAGGACUUCAGACACAAACAUCCCAGAGAUUGUUUAUUCACAAGCAGAAGACAAAGACACCAAACUAGCUAAUGAAAAUAUAAAAGAGAAAAAUGCAGAAUACAACCAGGGUGAUCACAAAGAUGAUGAAGAAGAAUUAGAGUUGCUGUUAAAUCAGCACUUCACAGGAGCUAGAGGUACCUCUUCCAGAGAUGAAAGGAAUUUAUACACAACAGAACCAAUUAAUUUUCUAAGUGAAACUGAAAGAUUGGUGAAAAAGCUAACCUGUAUAGAAAGAAGCGGUGACUUGCACCCUGUGCCUAUCAGAGCCUCAUCUGAAAACUCUUCACAUGCGAUAGGAGAAGAACUAAAAGAUAAAGCUAAGUAUUCUGUGAGAGAUUAUAAUAAUCAGCUAACAGGGAAGGAGGUCACUGCUGGCUCAGUAAACAGCUAUGGGCGGUCUUUGGAACAUACUGGUACCAGUGAAAGCCUUUUAUUGGCAAAACAUUUUCCUCUGACAAAGCAGAAUGAGGCUAUCAAUUUUAUGGCUACUGGCUCAAGCCAACAAGGAGAGAGGCACACAGAUAUUUCAAAAGGUGAAAUAGAUAAUGCCUCGGGAAAUAAGAUGAUGGAGAGGUUAUUCAUCAGUGAGGAUGCUGCUGGUACCUCAAAAGGGGCCUGUGAAACGAGACCAGAAACCAUUUUGCCAGAGCAUGAUGAAUCCGUGCAAUUAAAUGCAUGCAUAGCAAGGACACUGGACGGAAACGCUAAUCCAGCUCUGGAGCACCGAACACCACAAAUGUCUCACCAGACUUUGGAUUCAUUGUUGUCAGAUGCUGACAGAAAUGAAGGAAAAAUCAAGAUGAUUGAAAGCAAAGAUCAGGUACAUUUAAGAGGAGAUUUAUAUGCCAGCACUUUUGAACGUGCUGGUGUCUCAACAGAUUCCACACAAAAAAAAGGAGUUGGUGAAAUAUCAGAAAAGAACACUGAUUUAGGGAAGCAGAAGAAAGUCGUUGAAGUGGCAGACUUGGCAUCAAUUGGUGAGGAGGAAGCAUACAAGCCUUUCAAGUCACACGGGAAUGCCAAAGCCCUGAACUCAGCACCUCUGCCAGCUGAGAACAACAAGCAGGCACCCAGGGCCACCAGCGUGGAUGAAAGGCGACCUGAGAACACUCAGGAGCUCAGAGGAUUCAGGAGGUUAAAAGACAGAGAGAAGUCAGAUGACUCAAAUAAAGCGAGACCAAUUGGAAAAGAAAGUGAAGCAAACUUUGCAGAGCAGAGGUGGCAAGAAAAGGGGAGUGAGGCUCUGUGGAGUGCGAGGGGGAGCAUGGAACCACAAACCGUGACUUCCACAAAGGAAUUGUUUGCCUGCCAGGAGGCAGAGAGUUGUGAAAAGUCUUCUGUCUCUGAGCAGGUUAUUACAGAGAAAACAGAGGCAGGUACAGCUUAUAUAAUUAAAACAACAUCAGAAAGUGCUCCAGAAAAAAUGCCUGGCAGUGAAAAAGCAGUAAUUGUUAAGCUACCUCGAGAGACUGCACUAAGUGACAGGCCCACAGAGGAAAAGGAAACAGCAUUUGAUACACGUGAAGGGAGAAAUGAUGGUUCACAUUAUGCUCUUUGUCAACUCAACACAGUGGGUGUAUUAUAUGACACUGAAUUUGAAAAGGAAUCAGUUUUAGGUAUUUAUAAUGCAUACGUACAUGAAACACUGCAAGGAGAAAUGACGCCUGUAUGCAAUAGCAGGGAAAAAUGUGCCAGAGCACAACCAGAUAAUAUUCUACCUGUAGGAGAAGCACUAAAAGCUUCUGCUACAGGAGAGAAAGAUUUGCAGGAGGGUUUAUGUUCAGAAGUACCUGAAAGCCCCCUGAGCACUCAGAAGCAUCUAUUCCUUGAGAAAGCAGAAGAGCUCUACAGGGAAGAAAGCCAUGGUGAUACACUUUCCUGUUUAUGUUCUAAAGCUGAAACAAAAAUGCCACCUUCUGGUACAAAUACUGUGCCUACUUACAGUUAUAAAAGCUCUUCAGUGGCAUCUUCAGAAGGGCCCACUGUGGAAAGAGGCAGGGAGCACCUGCAUAGAUACUUUGAAUCCAAAGUCAUUGAGAAGGUAGCUGCUGAGUCAGGGUACAAUUUAAAUCUAACAGAUGAAAUUACAUGUAUUAAAAAAAGCUGCUCUCCUGAAGCUGAGAAAGAAGAAGUACCUUCCACUUCAGACACAGCAAUUUUUGGAGAAGGAAGAGGAAGGAAUACAGGUCAAUUUUUCAAUCAAGCGGAGGUCCAGCAAGAGAAGUCAUGGAGGCCAGAGGCUUUCAUUAGUAAGCCUACCAAAGAAAAUGGAAGAACAGACUCUCAAGCUGACCAUUUAAUAACCGAAGGGAAAACACUAAACUGGCUUAAUGACUCACAGAAAGAAAGCAAAUACACUCCUGAUUCUGCAGAUAUUUCUAACCAGAAGAGUGAAGCACUUAAGUUACCUAGUGAGUCUCCAGGUCUAAAACAUAUUGCUUUCAAAAUAUUUUAUUUCUUCUUGUUUCUUCUAUUUGCUGCAACACUCUACCACUAUGAUUUGAUGGUCUGCCUUGCACUCUACCUGUUCUCCUUGUAUUGGCUAUACCAUGAAGGAAGACGAAACAAGGAGUCUGUCAAGAAGGAAUAACAGACUGUCAACUGUGCUCAGGAUCCAUGGUCAAUAACCUCCAAUUCCACCACAGCAUUUUCACUGUUAAAGAGUUUAUUCUUUGCUAGAACCAAAGCAAGAUUUCCACAGCAGCAUCUUUUACUAAGAGAUCACAUAUGAAGUUGAACCUUCAUAUAAGUAAUUAAACUAUGCAGGACCAUUAUGUUUGGAUCAUUAAAUACCUAUAUUAAGAUGAGUUCUGAAGCACGUCAAGUUAAAAUGAAGUACAGCUGUUGCUUCUUAGUAGGAUAUGAAGAAGCAAUGUUUCAUGUCUCCAUAGUACUUAAGCCCACCAUUUACUUGCUUUAAUUUCUUUUGCAUCAAAGCUUCGUAUUUUUCUGGGAAGUUUUUUCCUAAGAUUCUGUGUGGUACAUAACAACACAAGGAACAAUAUAAAACCUAAGUCAGUAUUUUGGUGCUGACAUUGCAGUUGAUAAUCUGCUAGUGUAAUUAGCCAAUGCUCUAAGCAAUGCAUCUGUUGACAGUUUAAUGCAUUUUUCCAAAUUUUUAUUUCAUUAUUUUGACUGAGCUUCAGCAGUACCCCUGUUUGAAAAGUGUAAGGCUUUGACUUCAAUAACGUCAUGUAACUUCCAGGAUAUAACUGUGUAGCAGAAUAGAUGUGCUGUUUCCACCCUGUAAAGAUUGAAGGUCACAGCCACAGGCCUCUUACUGAUCACACACAUGCACAAAAAUUUUUUGGGUUUUGCAAAUGAGGACUGAGUAACGUGACUGAGAAUUUCACUGAACUGUUAUUCUGGGCAAAGCCUUUAAGUGACAUUUUUCGUCAGAAUUGCUUGAGCAUACCUACAAAGCAUUAAAUAAAUGUUACAAAGGAAUGCUA